AUGAUGGUUUUCUGUUCACUACUUGAGUACGCUGCUGUUGGUUAUAUUAACAAGAGAAUGAGAUUGAAUGAAAAGAACAAAAAGCAGAGGUUCGUAUCAUCGCUUCCAGCUUUCAUAAAGUUUCCCAUUGAGUGUUUUUUCCUGAUUUUUAUGAAAUCGGUCAUGGAAAUGUGA